CAGCUGGCUGGGCCCAAGCGGUUGCGCGAAAGAGACCGCAAGAAAAGGAAGCGGAGACAGACCGAAGAUCUACCUGCAACGAAUGCGACUGUGUGUGCGUGCGUGUGUGUUUGUUUCAGUGCAUUUGCAUAGGAAUUAGGCGGGCGCCAAAAAUACUAUUCGAAAUAGUGUGCACAUAAAUAUUCAAUAAAAUAAAAUAAUAUUAGAAUGCGCUAGAAAACUAAAGUUUGACGCGGGCCAAAGUCAAUGAAAUCGCGUUUCCGGUGCCAUUUGAUCGAGGCGAAACAAUAAAACGUUUGGCCAACAACUGAAUAGAGAGAAUAAAACAACAACAGCUGGCAUUCCAAUUGUAAUUGGGGCCCAAGGGUGUUUGUUUUCCAGUGUGGGAACUCCCCCUCGCGCAGCUACACGAGAAGAUGAAGUCCAAUCCUGCAUCGGAUCACGUUUACUUCAACGAUGGAUUCAAGUGCUCAACAAUCAGCAUCCACACGAACCUCAACGAACAGAAUGGCAGCAGCAACAACAGUGUGGGAUCAUCUACAGGAUCCAAGGAAUUUAUAUUGACCGAGGACGGCAAGAAGGUCAAGCCCACGCGGAGUACGGUAGAGUGCACUCGAGGCUGGCUGCAGGACUGCAGCAGACGGACCUUCAACCGCAAGACCCUGCACAAAAGACUGCCCAUCCUUGGGUGGCUGCCGCGCUACAGCAGCCAGGAUGCAGUCGGGGAUCUGGUGGCGGGCAUAACCGUGGGCCUGACGGUGAUUCCCCAGGCACUGGCCUAUGCUGGAAUCGCAGGUCUACCAGUAGCCUACGGUUUGUAUGCCUCCUUCUUGGGCUGCUUCGUGUACAUCUUUCUGGGCAGCUGCAAGGAUGUGCCAAUGGGUCCCUCGGCCAUUGUGGCCCUGCUGACCUUCCAGGCGGCCCAGGGAUCGUGGCAAAAGUCGGUGCUGCUGUGUCUGCUGUCUGGGAUUGUGGAACUGCUGAUGGGACUCUUUGGUCUGGGCUUUCUCAUUGACUUUGUCUCGGGUCCAGUCUCCUCCGGCUUCACCUCCGCCGUCUCGCUCAUCAUUCUCACCUCCCAGAUCCAAAGUGUGCUGGGCAUCACGGCCAAGGGCAAUACCUUUGUGGAGAUCUGGACGCAGGUCUUUCACAACAUUGAGCACACACGACCCGGCGACACCGUCUUGGGCCUCACCUGCAUUGUGGUGCUGCUCCUCAUGCGCUCACUCUCCUCCCGCCGCAUUGGACCCGAAGAUGAGUCGCUGCGCUCUCGCUUCCAGCGAGUUGUUAACAAGGUACUCUGGAUUGUGGGCACGGCUCGCAAUGCCAUUCUGGUGGUGGUCUGCUGCCUGAUGGGCUACCUGCUGCACACUGAGGAACACGGUGCUCCAUUCCGCGUGGUGGGAGACAUUCCGCCCGGCCUGCCCAGCGUACAGUUGCCACCCACCUCGCUGAGUGCCAACGAGACGAGCAGUGGCGCUGCAGAGAGCUUCGUGGAGAUGGUCCACAGCAUGGGCUCCGGCCUGAUUGUGAUCCCGCUGAUCUCCCUGAUGGAGAACAUUGCCAUCUGCAAGGCUUUCGCCAAUGGCAAGUCGGUGGAUGCUUCCCAGGAGCUGAUUGCCAUAGGUACGGCCAACAUCUUCAACUCCUUUGUGCAGGGCUUUCCGGGAACCGGAGCUCUGAGUCGUGGUGCUGUCAACAACGCCAGCGGAGUGCGCACUCCGCUCAGCAAUAUCUAUUCUGGAGGUCUGGUGAUGAUUGCUCUGCUCUUCCUCACUCCGUACUUUUACUUCAUACCGCGCCCCACUCUGGCUGCCAUCAUUAUAGCCGCUGUGGUGUUCAUGAUCGAAGUCAAGGUGGUUAAGCCCAUGUGGAGAGCGAAGAAGAGCGAUUUGGUUCCUGGCGUGGGUACAUUCGUGGCCUGCCUGGUGCUGCCGCUGGAAUGGGGCAUUCUAAUUGGCGUCGGGCUCAAUGUCAUCUUCAUACUGUAUCAUGCGGCGCGUCCUAAACUCUCCACAGAGCUCUUGACCACACAAUCGGGCACGGACUACAUGAUGAUCACGCCGGAUCGAUGCCUAAUCUUUCCGUCCGUGGACUAUGUCAGGAAUCUGGUCAACAAGCAGUCCAUGCGGCAGAAUGUGCCCGUCGUCAUCGAUGCCUCGCACGUCUAUGGGGCCGACUUCACCACAGCGACCGUCAUCGACUCUCUGAUCAGCGACUUCAAUCAGCGGGGACAGCUGCUCUUCUUCUACAACCUGAAGCCCAGCAUCUGCGCCAUCUUCGAGCAAGUGUCAGCGGCGCAGUUCGUCGUCUACUACCAGGAGCAGCAGCUGGACGAGUUGCUCAAGGAGCGCAACUACACACAGAAGCGCUCGGAAACGGCCUGACCUCCCAUAUACGUGAUAAACUUUAGAUUAGUUCAAAUAACUAGCGUAUUUAUUUAUGAUAUUGUAUAUAGCUCAUAAGAAACAUUUUUUGUAGUAUUAGCCAAAGCACACACACUAUUAGAUAUUGUAAGUAAGCCAAAUA